AUGGGCGAUGCGCUAUGUGGCCCGUCGAAUGCGCUUCAGAACUUCCAGAAGCAUACCUCUGUUGAUCGGACUCUUCAGCAAGACCGGCUUACAUCCAGGCAACCUUCUGCUCAGGGUUUCCGCUCUCAAAGCCCCCGCGAUGGAAUCCUCGACCCCGAGUUUGCUGCAUUUGAAGCCAACCUCGGAGGACCCCAAAUACAAGACAUUCAACAUCCAGCACAGCUGCAACAUCCAGCACAGCUUGGCGGACCAGCACAACUUCAUCAUGCACAGCACCCGAGUGCCAACUGGGCAUCCGACUUCCAAAACCUAAAUAUCUCCGGCCCACCAGCACCUCAAAUACACACACCCCCUGUUGCGCAAGCCCAAAGAGGAUGGCAUAAUGAGUUUAUGAACCAGCAUCAACAACCCGCCCCAGCUCACCAUAUGCAAGCCCAGCCGAUGGCAAACCGCGGAUUCCAGUCGUCCUUUGCACCGAACUAUUCCAUGUACAAUAACUCGAUGAAUAUGCAGCAAGUGUCACAUGCACCUCAACAGCAACAUCAAGCGCCCGUGGAGCAAUUUGACGAGUCUGCAUUUGAGGCCGCAUUCGACCAGGCCCGGGCUAAUCUGGACGAGCUACAACAACCCGAGGUCAAAACUGAUAACGAACUGCCACUGCACGAAAUUAGUCAAGCCGACCCAGGAACUGUUCUUCCCGACCUCGAUGAUCUCAGAUCCGACACUGCCCGCAUUGGAUCCGAUACUAUCGCUCAGUCCGACAAGCAAGACCCACUGACGCGGGCUCACGAUGCCGAUGCUCUUGCUCAGACAGCAGGGCAACUUCUCGACAGCGUUCGUCACGAGCAAAACCAAAAGUUCCAGCAAAGCAAUUUCCUUGCUUUGAUGCGUCGGAUUCGUGAUCGUGAAGUAGAGGUGGAAGGGGAUGAAUUUCGCGAAACCGCGCAAUCCCUUCACCCGGGUGGGCCUUACUACCCAGGUCAACCGAUCCCUGACCAGGCCACGCCGUCCGACACUACGAGUAAGGAGACUUCCCUCCCCGUCGGCGGGGCCUAG